AUGACCAUUGAAAGCGAUGAUGAGUUGGAAGCACUCCUAAAUUCCUACACUGCUGAAGCCGCGGAACAAAAUCGACGGCUUGAGGCAAAGGCAAGCCGUCAGCAUAAACCGCGCAAAGAGAAGGCGAUUCGCGAGGCCGGCCUGCAACAGCCGCUGGAUUCUGGCAACAAGGGCUAUGCUCUUUUGCAAAAGAUGGGGUUUGAAGCUGGCAAAGGCCUUGGCAGCACAAGUGCUGGCCGUUCGGAUCCGUUGCCUCUAGAUAUUAAAGCUGGCCGGGCGGGCCUUGGGGUGGAUGAGCAACGAAAGAGGGAGCGGCAGGAGCGGCAGCGGCAGGAGGAGCUGGAUCGGGUGAAACGCGCUCGUCUGGUGUCGGAGGCACAGAACCGCUAUCAGGACACCGCACGUGCGGCGUAUGCUGCUCGCCUAACAGUCCGGCACCUAUGGCAAGCCUGGCGGGUGGCCGAGCACCUGGAUGAGCAGCACGCGGCGGCAGCCUUGAAACAAGGUAGGAGCGAGACGUUGCGGGCCUUACUAUCUAAGCUCCCAGCGCUGGCGGCAAUGAUGGCUGACGAGGCGGGGAAAGACACAGCGGGUACGGCAGGGCUAGCAGCAGCGGAGGCACCGUCCCAUCGGUCUCUUCCAGGACGAUCAGCUGUGUUGAGGCAGAAUGAUGACGACGACGACGAGCUGAUGUCCGGAAGGAUGAGGGCGGAGGACACGGGCCGUGCGGGCCGCGUGGCCGAUUUCCGAGGACAAGGUCAGGAGCAGGAAAUCCAGGGCGGCAGCGCCGCGGUAGCGCUAGAAUCGGCAGCGGGGGGUGGCGGGGAGGCGGGCGGAGGGGAGGAAGGGAGUGAAAGGCAGCUAGUAAGGGUAGGGCCAAGCGCAGCGACCUUUGCAGCGUCACGAUGCAGCCCGGGCUCCAGCGCAGUGCGGAAAAUCCCCGUUGAUGAUACUGAGGUGGCUGAGGCUGUGGGGUGCUGUGGCGGGGUGGGGGUUUUCCAGGGCAUGCAGGCGCUGAAGAGCGGGGGGGGAAGUGGUGGUUGGGGAGCUUUGCACUACUACGAAGGGCGCUCUACUAAGGCCACGCCACUCCCCAACAAGAAACAGUACAUGAAUGGCACGGUGCUGGCGUGCUCGGAAACGUAUGCGGUUCGCGUUCCCAAACAGGAAGACAGGAAGCAGCGUCAAGGUGCAUGA